UAUUUUAGUUAGGAUUUUUGCACCCAUGUUUAUGGUAAUAAACCUAUAAUAUUCCUCCCUUGUAACAUCCUUGUUGAGUUUUGGUAUCAGGUUAUGCUGACUUCAUAAAAGGACUUGGGAAUAAUUCUCAUUUUUUCUAUUCUCUGGAAGAUUUUGUGUAAGUUUACAGUUAUUUCUUCCUUAAAUGCUGGUAGUUACAAAUAUUGGUUCCAGGAGUAGCAUGCUACCAUAACAACAUUCCAAAUUAUGUGGCAUUAACAUCCAAUCUGACAGCAUGGGACACUGGGAAAGAUGGCAAUCCAUGUUAUGCAGUGGAAAAAAUUUUGUAAAACUAUAGUCUUGAGUAGAGUGAAGGACAUAUAAUGUACCUAAUGAGCUUGUACUUUAUGCAAAGAGGUAGAAAAUUAAUGUUAUUAGAAUGAGUUCUUAUUACUGGCUGCAUUUGCCAAGGUACCACACGAAAUGGAGGAGUUCGGGAAAUAUUUGGCUGGUUCGCAAGCAGGAACAUAAAGGAAUUCAGAGACAACCGAAAAACUCAGGUACUCGCAAGAUUGGAAGGUACAACCGAUUCUCAUCUUCCUCUGGUGAAGAGACAAUGGAGACUGCCUUUGGGCAACAAAUGCUGCUUAAAACUGCCUGGUGACAAGGACCAGGACGUGGGUAUGGCUGUCACACUGCUGUGAGGACCUCUGAAUGGAACAAGGUGGCGCCCAGCAAUACUUUCAGUGGGAAAAAUACCUCAGGGAAGGAGACUUAGGGUUUGGCUCUUCCUAAGGAAGAGCCGAUAGGCUCAAAAUACUUGCAGUUAAAUUCAGAGAGAGAGAAAUGUCUUUAAACCAUCGUGGCGUAUAGCACUGCCUAGAGUCAAACAAAGAACGUGAGAUAGACUUUGAGAAAGUGGUCCAAAAGAGAACGUGAUUGUUUGAGACUGAAGUGAUAAUUAGGCCCCAGCCUUCUGCAGCAGGAUUCAGAAUCACUAUGGAUUAACUCUUAUAUGUCAUUCUUCUCCUUUACAAAUGGGAAUAUUUAUUGCAGUUAUCCUUUCCUUUUGCUACCACUCUUUAUAUGGUGAUUUGGGGCUAGAGACAGAUAACUUAUCUUUUUAGUCAGAGAGCUCUAGAUCAAGAGGAGCUAUAUCUGGAUCUGCAGAGGCUGUUACCAGUCGUUCAUAUCUCCUGGGAUCUAAGCUAAAAAUAUUGACGAGAUAGAAUUUUGGCGUUGUCUCCCUUAAGAAGUGGGUGAGUAUGUUCUGCGUGUGGGAAAAGAAGGGAACUGACCCAAAGAGUGAACUGUGAUAGACUGUAUUCCUGUUCAUGCCCUUGUUUCAUCCCCUCCCCUUGAGUGUGGGCUGGACCUUAUGACUUGCUUUUAACUAACAGAAUAGAGCAAAAGGGGUGGGAUGUUACAUGUGAGGUCAGGUUACAAAGAUCCUGGCUUCCCUCCAUGUGCCCUCUCUUGCUUUUUCGUUCGCUGUCUCUGAUGGAAGCAGGCUGCCGUGUGAACUGCCCUGUGGAGAGGCCCAUGUGAUAAGGAAGACGAGGCCUCCAGCCGCCAGCCCAUGAACAGCUGAACCUGCCAACAACCGUAUGAACAAGCUUCACACCUUUCAGAUGAGACUGAAGUCCUGGCCAGCACCUUGACUGCAGCCUUAUGAGAGACCUUGUAGCAGAGAAGAAAGGCCUUGUGAGGACACAGUGAGAAGGGGGCUAUCUACAAGCCAGGAAGAGAGACCUCACCAGAAACCAGCCCUGACAGCACCUUGAUCUUGGACUUCUAUCUUCCAGAACUAACUGGAAGACAAUAAUUUGCUGGGAUGUCAGUCGAAGAUUCUUCCAGGAAAACCCUGGAAAUGGAGAGCUUCCACACAAGAUUCAGUGCCUGGACACCUUUUAGCAACAAGUCAUUAAAUAGACAGCUCUUUCAGGAAAGAGUUGCUCUCAUAAGUCAUUGGUUUGACCUCUGGACUAACAAGCAACGUGAAGAAUUCUUAUUCACGAUUUUUUUACGCUGCACUAAAUCACAAUUAAGGUUUGUCCAAGACUGGUUUUCAGAAAGGAUGCAAAUAGCCAAAGUGGACUUCUCCACAGUGUUACCACGCUUCUUGUCUCUGUAUAUCUUUUCCUUUCUGAGUCCGAAAGAUUUGUGUGCAGCUGCACAAGUCAGCUGGCCCUGGAAGUUCUUAACGGAACAGGAUUGCUUAUGGAUGCCCAAAUGCACUAAGUUUGGAUGGUUUCUGCCCUACACUCCAGCAGGUAAUGAGUACGGGGCUUGGAAGCACCACUACAUUGCUUGUGUGUCCAACUUAGACUGGCUGACACCUAGAGAAGCUGCUGCCAUUUAUGGGACCCUGAAUGAACCCAAAACAGAAGAGGAGGAGCUGCAGGAGAGACAAAGAGAAAGGCGCCUAAGGAAAGUAAUUUGGGAGAAAAUUGCACUACGUAAGAAGGAGUUAUUCAAAUUGCGACCCCCGUGGGCGAGUGGAACGUGCUGCUCGGAACUGUUAAAAUUCAAAUGCCAGCCACGUCUCUCCCAGACUGCCAGGGGUCAAGUGGGAUUGCAGGAGGCUGUGGAGAAACAGCUUGUUCUGUCAUCCUUAGAAGCUUUGCCCAAGCGAAGCAAUGUUUCUGGAAGCCACUCCUACCCUUUACUAUCAAAGAAAAAUUGGCGAGGAGUUUAUAAAAAUGAUGACAGCUCUUCAUAUGCCUCCCAGCUACACUUCAUAUUAAUAUCAUCUCGGAUCCCUGCGUAUGAGGUGGUGGUGGACAGUGUGCGGGCGGGGAUCAUCUCUGUGGUAUAUGAGCACAGCGGCCUGACCUUGGAGAGCCUGCUUUAUCUCAUAGAGAAAGCUCUGGAUGGGCGGAAGGCACAGAGUCUGGGAGUAUUCAGCGAUGGAGACAGCAGAGAAAUCAAUUUACUCCAAGGCUACAAAAUUGGUAUUAAAAAUUUAUUGAGGCCUGAGGUGAGAGACUUCUGGGAGAAAUUAGGAAGCUAUGUGGCCCCUGAAGAAGAAGGGGGUCAUGUGGACCUCUUCGUACCACUCGGAGCAUCAGAGGCAGGGACGGAGUUUCUCUCACAGCUGUCUCGACUCAGCGGCACGUUGUUUACCGCCCCCACUGGGAUUGCAACUGGCUCCUACCAACACAUUCUCAGUGAUUGGCUGGGACGACAGUGGGAAAGAGCUCCCCCUUCCAUCUACUUCAGUGAAUCAAAGCUGCAGAUGUGGUCCAGCCUCACGGACUUCCUGGAAGACACUUUGAAAUCAGUAAGGAAACAGUUAAGUCCUCUUUUCAAGGAGUUGCAGAAGAACAUCAGUGGCAGGAUGAUAGGGCAAUUUAUAUUUGACACCAUGAGUAUGGCCAACAUUCUGAAUAACCAAGGAAUUGCACAAACUUUGGCAGACGGAUUGACAGAACUUUCAAAAGAAAACUCUGAAAGAAACGUUAUGGAAGACAAUCCUCAGGACAAAAAGUCAAGUCUCAGCCAAAGUGAUCCAAAUUUUGAGGUGCUGGUUCAGCUGGAGAGAAAGCUCCAGAUGGAUUCAGCCGAAAAGCGAACUGGAAUUGUCAGGGAGCUCUUACAGAGUGAGAGAAGAUACGUGCAGACGCUGGAAAUCGUGAGGGACGUUUACGUAACGCCACUGAAAGCAGCACUGUCCUCAAAUCGAGCAAUUCUGAGCGCCGCAAACAUCCAGAGCAUUUUCUCUGAUAGUCUGCGGAUUUUAAGUCUCAACAGGCAGUUUCUAGGUAACCUGAGAGACAGACUACAGGAAUGGAGCCCAGCUCACUGUGUGGGAGAAAUAUUCAUAAAGUUUGGGAACCAGUUGAACACAUACACCAAUUUCUUCAACAAUUACCCUAUUGUUCUGAAAACGAUUGAGAAGUGCAGAGAAAUGAUGCCAGCGUUCCGAGCUUUCCUGAAGAGGCGUGACCACACUGUUGUGACGAACAUGCUGAGCCUCCCGGAGCUGCUUCUGUACCCAUCCCGAAGAUUUGAGGAAUAUCUUAAUCUUCUCUACGCUCUGAGGCUUCAUACCCCUGCAGAACAUGUUGACCGUGGUGACUUGACCACUGCAAUUGACCAAAUCAAACAAUAUAAAGGUUAUAUAGAUCAGAUGAAGCAAAACAUCAAUAUGAAAGAGCAGCUGUCAGACAUACAGAGAAUCAUCUGGGGGUGCCCUACUCUGUCAGAAGUAAACAGAUAUCUGAUUAGGGUCCAAGAUGUAGCCCAACUUCACUGCUGUGAUGAGGACAUAAGUUUCUCUUUAAGGCUCUAUGAACACACCCGCGAUCUCAGUCUUUUUCUCUUCAACGAUGCACUGCUCGUUUCUAGUCGGGGCACAUCUCACACUCCAUUUGAAAGGACAUCAAAAUCAACCUACCAGUUCAUUGCGUCAGUGGCCCUUCACAGGUUACUAGUAGAAGAUAUUUCAGACACCAAACAUAUCAAGAAUGCAUUUAUUCUUCAGGGUCCACAAUGUGAAUGGAUUUGUGCUACAGAGGUCGAGGAGGAUAAGUUCCUGUGGCUGUCAGUCCUCCAGAAUGCAAUCAGAAGUAGAAUGGAGACAUGAGACGUGACUAGAGAACACUGCAGGUGCCAGUUCUCCCUGAGAGAUGACCCAGACCACAGCAUGUAUUUCCUGUUCUGGAAGAUCCAGUAAAAGCAGGAUUACUUGUCAUGGAUGAUGGGAGGAUGAAGUUGGAUGACCCAUAAACUUCUUCUUAACUUUUAAACUUUAUCAUCUAUGCUCAAUUAUGUGAAAUGUACAAGAAGAACAGUUUGAAUCCAAAAUUUUGAACCACUUCUUUUGGUAGUUAUUUUUCAUGGACAGUAUCAUUUAGUUAUUUGAUGAAACCUAAGACAGAAUGAGGAUAUUGUGUAUUUAAAGUUUUCUUUUAUGAUCUAAUGAAAAAUAAAACCAGAAUGAAAAGUUUCUUAAGUAAG